GCGAGCUGUCAGGGCGGGAGGAACGGUCCGCGCCGAGCGAGAGGUGGACGCCCGGCCAGUGCUCCCUUCUCCGCCUCCAGGGAUGGGCUCCAAGGCCAAGAAGCGCGUGGUGCUGCCCACCCGCCCGGCGCCCCCCACGGUGGCGCAGAUCCUGGAGGACGUGCGAGGAGCGCGGGCCCAGGACCCCGUCUUCACCGCGCUGGCCCCGGAAGACCUGCCAGGCCCCUCCAGGAGGACCGAGGACUCUGAGGAUCAGCAGGAGCAGCUCUACCAGCAGAGCCGGGCCUAUGUGAUCACAAACAAGCGGCUGCGGCAGGCUAGGGAGGAGCUGCGGCAGAAGCGCGAGGACCUCCAGUUAGCCGGACAGGAGCUGGAGUGGGACAUCAGCCAGGUGACCCAGGCAGCGCUGCCAGGGACCUCAGCUACCUCCUCAGGCUGACCUGGGCCUGCAGGUCUAAGGCGGCACCUAAUGCCACCACCCCUGGCUCCUCCCUGGGGACCUGAGUGCCCCAGGCUGGCAUUCCAUCUGGGUUCCGGCACCGGGGGCCACCCGUGCUUCUCUCCUCCAUUGGCAGCUACAGGUCGUGGUGUCUUCCCAUGACACUGGGCUGGCAGGACCCACACCGUGGUCUCGGCUCUGCCUGGAUAUAGGGUGGAGAGGUUGGAUGCUCUCUGGGGUUCUGUCCCCUCCUCCACUCACCACGGCCUCUGCUUGGACAUGAGCCUCUGGGGCAGGGCCACCUCCUUCCUCCUUCAGGUCACUGCUCAGGGCACUGUGAACCUGGUUGCAGGAAUGCGUGCUCCCCAGGAAGGGCUGGUCUGUCUGUUCACCUGGGUCCAGGUGCUGGCCAGGGGUCGGGGUGCAGGGCUGACCCGGUGACUGUGUUGGUUCGGCCAGGUGGGCCCCCACCCUGCCUCGUGUGGCCCAGGGGCCAGCCUGAGUUUCUGGCCCACCUCCUUCCCAUGUUCAAGCUCCUGCCACAGACCAUGGUGGUCUCACAACUGCUCUGGGCUGCUGAGGUCACUGGCUCCCAGAGAGAAGCCUGAGACUCUAGCCACACUUGGACUAUGUCCCUGCGAUCAGGGGAUGUGCUGGCCACUCCUGCCCAGAGCCUGGCUGGGUCCUUCGGCCCUGUGCCCCGUCCCUUCUGGCCCUGUCCUCUGGGGGCAGGUGGAGGCUGGGUGGGAGGGUCUUGAAAGGAGUCUUCAUCCUCAACAAACCGGCAGAGACCAGAGGAGCCACGGCCUGUGAGAGGUGGUCCACGGCCAGGCCCCAGGGAUGAAAUCCCCUCUGCAGCGACUGGGCUGCUCUUGUUCAGGGGCCGUCCUCAGAUGGGCCUGUGUGGAGCUCUGAGUGUGGCACCGCCACAGUCCCGCAGGGGACACUGCUGGGUGGCUGGAGCCUGGCCUCGUGCCCCUCCUCCCCGCCGUUCCCCAGCGGCAGGCUGUCUCCUGCACCUCUCCCUGUGAAGGGUCACUGCUGAAGCCAGAGACUCCCUGACCGGACGCCGUCUUGGGCCCACACUGAACCUUUGGGCUUUCUUGUGGAUCACCCACCCCAAAGCUUGCUACCUGGACAGCUGAGGACAGUUCUGUUCACCUUCAUGGACCCCAGCUCACCUGGGCCUGCCCAGACCUCUGCCCUGCGGCACACUGGAGCUGGCAGCAAGGACUGAGAACCAGAAACAAAGCCCCAGGUGGGCCACCUGCCUGGGGAACUGUCCCCAGGGGACCAGGGCACUCAGCCAGCCCUUCCCUGUCUCUGAAUAAACAUCACCACGCUUUGGUCCGGCUUCCAGGACCUGACCUGA